UUGGUAUUCAUCAUGUAAAUUUACGUUUUAAAAGGCAUCAAAUUUCUGAACUUUACUGUAACAUUGAAUUUAAUUAAACUCAUGAUAGAUUUACUGGAGAGCAUCUGUUUAGUUCAGAGCUAAAAUAAACCAUCUGUAUGUGUAGUGCAAUGGGAUUUUUUUUAUUUCAUCAGGAUUUGUAAAUAUCCUUACAAAAAGUUAAUCUUCAAUUCUUACAAAUUACUUUUCAGUUAAACAUUUUAUUGCGUUCAAAAGAAAAAAAAAGUACUAAUAUACAACCAUUACCAUUAAUUUUCUUCUUGAAGUGAUUUUUUAAAAAUACAUUGAUCACAUUAUGGCUUUCAUUAAUGUGCUGAGGAGAAAAAAAAUAUUUGUGUAUACAGUGUUAAUAAUGCUUUGCCUUGGUCUUGGAACAUUCUUCUUUCAACCAUUGGAUCCUACAAGGCUUAAGUACCUACAAUAUCUGGCUUCUGCUAAAGCAUAUAGGGACAAUUUGAGAUUUCAUUUAUUCAAAAACAGAAAUACAUCUGUAGAAGAAUCAUUAAUCGCUGCUCUGUUGCAAUCUGAGGAUGCUGAAAUAGAGGCCUCUGAGAAAGAAGAUGUACCUGAAAUGUUGCUCAUCAAAGAACCUCCAAAAAAUGUUUCAGGUGUGGACAUUGGUAAUUUAGGACAGAAUAAAAGUCAGGUAGUGGAAUCCAGUCCUUAUGAUCCAGACUAUUAUGAAAUGACAUUCCCACAUUGGUAUAACAGCUCUGAAAAAAUUGUGGCAAGUUUUGCCAGAUAUCAUCAUCUUGACAGAAUUCAUUUCUGGGGUGCUGCACACAAUGAUCGCUUCAGACCUCAUGAAAAUGCUCUGUUUGCGAUUCGACGUUAUCAGUCACCAUGGCUUCUACAGUUUCGUCCACCCGUCCCAUUACCUCUUGUUGGUAAUGUAUGUCAAGGGACUCCUCCUUUUUUACUUAUUAUUAUUCCAUCAAUGCCCAGAAAUCGAAUUGGACGAAUGGCCAUUAGGAAAACAUGGGGAAGUGUAGGCCACACAGGUUCAUGGCCAAAUGGAAAAAUCAAUGCCAAAGUUCAGAUUUUGUUUGUCAUGGGACAUGAAGUCACUUCACCGAGAUUUGACCCAAUUAUUAGACAAGAAAUAGAAGAGUUUAAAGACAUUUUGCAAUUCGACAUGACUGAAGAUUACAGAAAACUUACUAUUAAAAUGCUUGGAACUCUUCGAUGGGUGAAUGAUAACUGUAGAGGAUUGGGAUUUUUCUUGAAAGCAGAUGAAGAUACUUUUGUAAAUAUUCCAGUAUUUGUAGAUUUCUUACUGCUUAAUCAAAAUUAUUUAUGGAAAACUGUUCUAGGCACAAUGUAUAAUGCUCCUUAUGUUAGACGAUGGGGAAAGUGGAGCUUGUCAAUUUUAGAGUAUCCUUUUGAACGUUUUCCAUCUUAUGCUUCUGGAAGCUCUUACCUGAUAUCUGGAGGGGCCAUUGAUGACCUGCUGAAAGCCUCAGAGUUUUUUAUUCCUAUUGCCAUUGAAGAUGCAUUUAUUACUGGAAUUUUGCCCAAGUCAUCAGGGAUAAGACGCUAUCAUACCCCAGCGAUGUCUGUGAUGGGGGAAGUGAGUUAUCUAAAGAGUAACCCUUCAAUGUGUGAUUUCUUAAGCUCCCGUCUGGCUAUCACAGAUUGCACCAAUGAAAUUUUUGAUAGAAUAUGGUUAGCACAACAGAUAAACUAUUGUAGACAAAAUGAAAGAUGGGGUCUUGAAGACAUUGCUGAUAAAUGGGCAUUUAAGAGGCCAAGCAAUUAAAAAGCUUACACUAUAUCAUGGUGGUGAAAAAAAAAGUGUCAUUUAAAAAGAAGCAAAGUGAAUGAAUUAAAGUAAAUUGUUAUAUUUUUAUGGAUAUUUUUAAAGUUGAGAAUGGUUGAGAUUUAAUUUUGUUUUCAAAAUCAUUAGACCAUAUAGAAGUGUAUUCUAAUUAUUUAAAGGGAAAAUUAUCAGUGUUUAGAAGUAACAGAAAAAAAGUAGGCCUCCAAGCCAAUAUUGUUAGGAUGUUCAAAUUAAAUAAUAAAAAAAAAUAAUUAUAAUACUGCUAUUGUUUUUCAAAAAGAAUUUUCAUCUCAAGAUGGAAAAGGCUGGCAACAGCAAUUGUUGUUUAAGUUGGCCUGGAAGCCAAUCUUGUCCUGAUGUUCACAUUAAAUUUAUUUAUUUUUGUUAAAUUAAUUAUAUAUUUUUUUAAAUAUAAUUUCUUUUUCAAGAUGUUUAGGGUUGGCAACAGCAAUUGUUGUUUAAGUUGGUCUGAAGCCAAUCUUGUCCUGAUGUUCACAUUAAAUUUAUUAAUUUUUGUUUUAAAUUGAAUUUUCAUAUCAAGAUGUUGAGGUUUGGCAACAACGAUUGUUGGCUCAUAUUUUUCUCAUAACCAACUUACAUAAGUUCAUCUUCUUUUACAUCUACAUCAACUUUUACAUAAAUAAAAAAAUCACUACUUUAUCAGAUUCUCAUUGGUCAGUACAAGCGACUCUUUAUAACAUGUCGAUAGCUUUUUAGCAGUAACUUUUCACAUAAGCUUAUACACAAAUUUAUCAAGAAUAAAUGUUGAAUCCAAUACCUUUGGGAUCAUUCAUGAAUAUAUGUAUAGCUCCUCCUUCAUGAUCGUAGAUGAGCACAUUUCUCAUAUCCUAUGGACUAAAGAUGACUGUAAAGUCCAAUCCUCACUUUAAAAUGCUGGCCGCAUAUAUGGCAUGGGUAGGUUUGGUCAGUUGGAGAUACAUAUAUAAAUAGAAAAAAAAACUAUAUGGAGAGCUAGGCUCCUUGAUUUGGAAACCACUGCGCAGUCCAUCUCAUAUAUUGGUCUAGUCAUCUUUACGCUCCAACAUAAUAAUGAGAACGAGGAAGAAGAAGAAAAACAUGUAUUUGAAUAAAUAGGCGUAUCAUCCUAAAAUAAGAAAAAUUUAAUUAUGCUAGGCAGCGUAAUCCCAAUUUGUAAUUUUAAUAAUUCUGUAGGUUAAGAUUUUUUUCUUGGAUGCUGAAAAUAACUUUUUAAAUAACACUGCAGCAGUCUGUAAUUCUCGAAAAGCACUCCACUACAAGAUAACUGAUGUAGCCUACUCUCCACAAGCACAAGAAUCCAUCAUUUUUCAAAACAAAUGAUACCUACUAACAUUACUAUGUUAAAAAAGUGAUUUUUUCAUAUUAAUAUGACAUACAUUUUGUUUUGAUAUGUUAUGUUUUGAUAUGUUAUGAGUCAAAUUCCAACUACAGCUUAUCUAGUAAAUGCUAAUGCUUGGAAAAAAAAGGGAAAUGAAACGACUGACUGAGAAAAGUAUCUUUUUUUUUUAAAUAUAAAACCAUAAACUCUAAACAGGAAAGCUUGCACAAAACUGCAUAAAAUUACGUGUUAUUGUAGUUCAAGCUUAAAAUACAAACUUAAUAAAGUAAGAAAUGUUAACCACGGUUAGUUUCAAAUUAGCAAUUAUUUAGCAUGUACAAGGCAAAUGAGAGUAUAUAAUUUCAAAUAAGAAACUGUUAUGUUACUCGAAGGACAUUGACUUUGUUACCAAUAUUUCUAAUGAACAGUGGAAGACAGAUUUCUUAUUCUGGAUAACAACUAUUGCAAUGCAAUUUCUACAAGCAAGCUAAAGAAAACAGGUUUUGACAUUUUCCUUUGCUGAAAGAGGAAACUAUUUCUAGUGAAAUGACUAAAAGUACAACACUUAUUAAGAUUCCUUAACUAUGCAAUUUAUAAAAGCAAAUUUUAAGACGUCAUGAGCCAGUUUUCAAUACCUUCAGUUCACCACUUAGUGAAGAAGCUGAUUCUGCUCCAGAGGACAUACCUCCAAACAAAGAGACGUUUCAGUCAGUACUUCCACAGGAGUCUAAUGGGUGCCAGAAGCUGUUCACACUAUUUAUGUACAUAUACAUCUGUUCUUCUAAUCUUACAUGUUGGAGGUUUAACUGAGAUUAACCGCGCAGUGGCUUCCAGAUCAGGCAGUUCUCAGAAUAGCUUUUGUUCUAUAGGAGGGCUUUGUGGCCAGAGUCUUUUUCUUGAUUUAGUAUGCAGCGUUGAAGGACAUGGUCAGCCAUCUCUGGUGUUGCUCCACAAGGGUAGGUUUAGCUCGUUCCAAUAUUUAACUUCCGGAACAUACAUUGUCUCAUUUGUGUGGAAACUAAACAAGCAUAAUCACUGGUCGACGUUGACUGAUUGUAUUUUGACAGUAGUCACAAGCGUAACAGCUAGUAAGCUAGUUCUACAGUUUCGGAACAUUAUGCACGAGUGUAAAAAGUAAAAUACUACACAUUAAGUACAACUGUAUAUUUGUGAUAUAAAAAGGCAACAAAAUUUGUUAAAAAAUCGUAAAAUUGGCUUCAAAAAUUAAUUGCUAACUCGUGUCGUAAUUCCUCAAGUGGUGUGGAAGCAAAAAAGAAACAUGAAUAUAAUACAGUGUACAUUUAAAAGGCAUUUUCACAGUUAGCAAGCGUAUCUUUUUUCUAAGUUGUGUGUGUGUAUAUAUAUAUAUAUGUGCAGCCCGCCAUUCCCAUUUUUUUUUUAAAUGCGGCCCUCGAUACAAAAAGGUUGCCCACCCCUGAUUUAGGACAAUGUAAUAGUUCUGUAAUUUAAUAAAUUGUAAGUGUCCUAGUUGUAAAGCUGUUGCUUUUUUAAUAUAAAUUUUUUGUUGUACCCCCUUACCAGUGUAAGCUUGUUGAAAUGUUCUAAGAUAUAUCAAACUGCAGAAAUGUUUUUAUAUGAACCAAUAAAGAAAUGUACACAUUGUCAUCAUAAACAUU